AUGUUUCUCAGGUCGCAGUCAGGAACAGGGAAGACAGCAACAUUCUCCAUCUCUGUUCUGCAGUGCCUGGAUAUACAGGUUCGUGAGACCCAAGCGUUGAUCUUGGCACCAACUCGGGAGCUGGCUGUACAGAUUCAGAAGGGUCUUCUUGCUCUAGGAGACUACAUGAAUGUCCAGUGUCAUGCCUGCAUUGGAGGGACCAAUGUGGGCGAAGAUAUCCGGAAACUGGAUUACGGGCAGCAUGUUGUUGCUGGCACUCCAGGCCGUGUAUUUGAUAUGAUUCGUCGGCGAAGUUUAAGGACUCGUGCCAUCAAAAUGCUGGUUUUGGAUGAAGCAGAUGAAAUGCUCAAUAAAGGUUUUAAGGAGCAGAUUUAUGAUGUGUACAGAUACUUGCCUCCAGCCACACAGGUGGUUCUGAUCAGUGCCACUUUGCCUCAUGAAAUUCUGGAGAUGACCAACAAAUUCAUGACAGACCCCAUUCGCAUCUUGGUGAAACGUGAUGAGCUGACCCUCGAAGGAAUCAAGCAGUUUUUUGUGGCUGUGGAGAGAGAAGAAUGGAAGUUUGACACUUUGUGUGAUCUCUAUGACACGCUCACAAUCACCCAGGCUGUCAUCUUCUGUAACACCAAGAGAAAGGUAGACUGGCUUACAGAGAAGAUGAGGGAAGCCAACUUCACCGUUUCAUCCAUGCAUGGGGACAUGCCACAAAAGGAGAGGGAGUCUAUCAUGAAAGAGUUCAGAUCCGGUGCAAGCCGAGUCCUUAUUUCAACAGAUGUUUGGGCUAGAGGCCUGGAUGUGCCUCAGGUGUCCCUCAUCAUUAACUACGACUUACCAAACAACAGAGAACUCUACAUACACAGAAUUGGCCGAUCAGGCAGAUACGGUCGAAAAGGUGUUGCCAUCAACUUUGUGAAGAAUGAUGACAUACGCAUCCUGCGAGACAUUGAGCAGUACUACUCCACCCAGAUAGAUGAGAUGCCCAUGAAUGUUGCUGAUCUUAUCUGAAGGUCUGUGUUCACCAGGGACUUAAAAUUAUGGAGGCUACCAAACAGUAUGUUUUGGACCCACAUCAUUUUAUCAUAUUGCUGAUUAUAUGUUCUUCAGUUGAGUUGCACUUGGGAACUUGUGUAAAUAAUGUCUUUACUCCCACUCAUCUUCUUCAAUAAAAAAGAAGUUUUACCAAGAAGUUUUACCAUAA